CCGAGCGUUAGUCCCAAAAAAUCAUCAUGUCUAUCACGCAUUCAAGAUUAAAAAAGUUUUCUAGUUUCGAUGUAGUUAAUGCUCAUUUCAUCCAUCCCAAAUUGAUAAUACAAGAAGAUACAGAAAAAGUGCGAUUAUGUGAUCUUACAGCGCGAAAUGAAGAAGAAGAUCCCGAUAACGACAAGAUUUAUAAUUUCGAUGCAAAAAUCUCAAAUACACACGUACACGGAGAGCUCCUCUGGGUCCUUUUAAGGUCGGGUGAUAUCAUAGUAAUAAACCCAGCGAAUGGAUCUCAAAUACAGGUAACAUGUGAAAAGUUGGCCAACUAUAAGAUCCAAAAGUUACGUAGUAAUGAGAAAAAUGUGAUCCUAAUCAGUAAAAGUGGAGAAUGUUUGAUGGUGUUAUUUUCAAGAAAAGAUUUGGAACAAGAUAUGAUAGAUGGCAAAACAGAACAUACCAUAUCAAUACAUAAAUAUGGUGGGUCUUAUUUAGCUGUGGAAUCUCAUAUGCUUACAAAUGGAUUGAUUGCAUACACUGAGGGAGAAGCUUUGGUUUUGAAAUGUCCUGUAACUGGUUUAUAUGAAGUCAUGACAUCAACAACGAAACUCAAUUAUGCGGUUCCAUGGGCUGAUUCACUGAUCAUUUCCGAUGGAGCAUCAAUGUGGCUGGUAGAUAUUAAAGACUCCCGUAUUAUAUAUCAAUUUAAAGAAGAUGGCAUCACAUAUUAUCCUUUGGGGUCAUAUAACAACGACUUUUACUAUCUGGUUUGGGAUCAAAUGCAGGUGUAUAUUUGCUGUGCUUGGGAUGAAUCACUACUUGAUUCAACAAAUGACCAGCGGGACAACAACUCUUCCAUCCAGAAACUUUCAUCUCAAGAAACACUCAAAGUUCAGUUGAAAACCAUCAUUGAUAGUUUGACAUCAACAACAGACCCAGAUCAGGUACUACCCCAGAUACAACCAUAUUUUGACACCAUUGAAGACUUACCUCUCCUUGUAACUACUGCCUUUAAACUGUGUAAGAUUAAUGUGGCAUUCAAACCCAUUGCAUAUACUUUACAAAAGAGAGUGUUUGCAUCAGCUGAUGAUAGUCUGAUUCAAUCAUUAUGUGACAUCAUGAAUAAAAUAGACAUAUUGGAGUACAUUGAGUUCAGAGGAAGCAAUUUAUAUGAAGACCUAAGCAUAUUUGAUUUGAGCUUUGUAGAAUUAUGUAUGACAUUUGUCUCAAAAGGUGAUUUUGAUCUAUCUUCCAUAUGUUGGCUCAAAUAUUCUGCUGUAAAACAAAUGAUAAAUUCUAAUGAUAUAAUGGGCAUUUUGAAUGCUGUUCCCAACAAUAUUAAGAUGGGAGCCUUAAUAAAUUGGUUAAGAAAUUUCCUCCCACCUCUUCUAGAUGAAAACCCUUUUUAUAUAGAUUUGUUUGUGCGGUGGGUGACAGAAAGAGUUUUUUCACUAGAGAAAUCUAGUUACUGGCCAAAAAUUGGAUUAAAAUUUAUAGAAGAUAUAGGCAUGGUAUUAGAAACUUCAUUAAAAACGAUUUGUCUACGACCAAUGUCAAUGGAUGAUCUUGAUAUGUUAAAGACGCAUAUAAAGAAUAUAAUUGAAUUAAAAGAAAAACAUAAAAUUAAUAUGUUGCUGGGUGAGCUUAGUUCACAGAGUCCCAGUGAAGUCGCGUUAAUUAUGCUACGUCGAUGCUACACAGAAGAUCUAGAGCCAUUCUUGCAGCACUAUUUGCCUUCAUAUAGUGCUAGAAACUCUUUUGAAAUUGAUGAUACUCUACGCACAUUCAUUGAGAUAGAAGCUGCAAGCAGUGGUGGUGAUGUAGACGGCACCCGUUUAAAUAUAUUGCUCAAUUCUUUUCGACUACACACAAACAAAUUAGAGUGUUUUCUUCAGGUAUUAAAGAUUUUAGAUGUACCAUGGAAUCCAAUAGUACUAGAACUCGCAGUAGAAGCCGCAUCUUCAGGUACAAAAGAUUUCACAACAACUGCUACAGAUCGUAUUCUCGCUGAGCAAAUUCAGCGAGAAUUGCAUAAUGCAAAGAUUAAAGUGAUUUUGAAGAAAUAUAAAUUUUCAUUAAAAUGUACAGAUUAUCAAUUAGUCUUGCAUAAAUUGAUGACAUCACCGAGCGUUGAUUUGGAUGACUUAAAGAUUAUUAGCAGUGCACUUAAAGGUUACGCGAAAUACGGCAGCUUAUUAUAUUUAAACCGAUGUCUUUGCGACUGUGAAACGAGAGCUGCGCUGGAAUACUUUAAUCAGAUGCCAAGCAAGGAAAAGAAAAUUUUGUUGAAAUCAGUAAUGAUCAAAUACGAACAAAUAAUAAAAGGAACUUCAAAAGAUGCGAUUACUGAAAGAAACUACGUCGAUUUCUUGAAAGGUAGUAAAAUGCUCAAUGAUUUAGAAAUUAAUACAAUUGAAAACAUGUAUUAUUUGAAAAACUCAUUUGAAACAAAGCUAAGUAUAAAUGAUAUGUAUUGUGAGCAGAGUGCAAACGACGUCAAUAUUACUAUGAAUGUUUCUGACGCAGAAAUGAGUGGAUGUCUAGCCCAGCUCACUCGAGCACACCAAACUUCACGGUCAACAUUGAUAGCAUUACUCCAUCGCACUUCUUCAAAUCAUGAAGUACGCAAACUAGUUGAAGCUCUCUUAACAGCUGAAUCCCAGGAACACUGUAAUACACAGAUUGCAUCAGUACUGACUAAUUUCAAAGAUGGAAACAAUUCAGCAAUUCUCAUAGAAUGCUGCCACAUCCUCACAGAACUCGUAUCAACUUGUACCGAAGAACACAUUCAUCCUGUAAUGAAAUAUUUAUCAAUGCUAACAGCCUUAGUGAAUGCUAAUAUAGUAGUUAAAAAUCUGUCCAUAGCAUGGAAGUUCCAUUAUAUGUUCUUACCCAUGUCUUCGUUGUCAACAUUGAAUGAUCUAAUUGAUUUCUACAUUUCCCCAGAUAAUUAUUUGGCCCGCAAUCCAGGAAUCUGUCACAGUAGGGGCGAUUUCAUUCCAAUCAGGAUAGUUGUCAAUAUUGCAGACGACAUUUCUUCUUCUGGCAAAGGUUUACCUGGCGAAUUACUUCAAAUAAGGAAUAAAAUAUGUAAGCAACUUUUAAACAAAGUUGUAGCAUCUCAAGAACUCGACGAAUUAUUGAUAACAAUAUUAUUAGAUCUCCUGAGCAAAGACGAAGGAGACAAAAUGUGGAUUAUAGAUAUGUUACGUGGUCAAAGUGAGUCACUGUCCCACGCUGCUAUUGCGUACCUGGCACAACCCGUAAUAAGACGCUCAUUUUCGGCAUUCUGUUUAACCCAAAACACAGUUGCAUAUUCGCCUCAAUACAUACUAAAAACGAAAUUUAAAUUUAACGUGGCAGACUUGGCAUUACCAGAAAUUAACAAUGAUGAUACAUGGGACACUAAAGUAAUGCUGUUCUUCUUUUUGAAACAGUACCCAGAAACUUCUGUUGAACGCCUUAUAGAAUUGUGCCGCACCUUGCACAUACCUGUCAAUGAAGGUCUGUCAUUUCAACUCAUUUCCUUGCUUACUACUUGGGAAUUAAUGUACAAAAUACUCAAUGAUGACAUAGGUUGUUGUCGUGUACAAUAUGAAAACGAUGAAAGCCAUCUAUUGCCGAACUGUGUAAAAUUAUGGGAAAGCAUAAAAGACAAAGAUUUCAUCAAAGAUGUUUUAACAGAUCUGUGGAAAAACGGUGAAGUAACGUUACAUGGUCGUGUUGUUUCUAUAAAUCCCUAUUAUUACGAAGUGUACUUAUGCAUCUAUCAUUUAUUAUAUGGUUCUUCCACCGAUUUCAUGAAAGAAUAUUAUCUCUUAAAUUUUCUGAAAAAUUAUAACAGGAAAACCGCCCCUAAACAACAUGAAUUUGAGCUAUUUUCUGUCAAAGGAAUGUUCCCGGAAAUCGGUCAUCAUCGUUUACCGUUUCACAUUUUCAUGCGUGAAGACAUGUGGGCGAACUUGAAGUCUGAAAUAACACUAGAAACCUACGAGCAGUGGCUGCCUGCAGUUGCUUUACUUUCACUAGAUGCUGAUAUUCAAACCGCGAGAGACAUGAUUUGCAGUACCGCUCUCAAGCAAACUAUGACGUCUAGAAAGAAGAGUGAAGGUAUGGAGACUGAUUCAAAAGAGAGUGAGCCCUGGCGUCUAACCACACGAGAAGAGCCUCUGCUCCGAGCGGCACACAGAUGUGUGAAGCAUAUAGCUAAUAUGGAAUGGGCAGGAGCGUGCCUCUUUUACGUUCUUCAAGGUUGUGCUCGUGGGGCAGACCAAGUGGCAGCUGCGCAGUUGUGUUACCAAUUUGCUCAACGCUGGUCUGCUGUCCAGCCUGGCAAUCGAGCGGUACAGCAAAUGGAGCGUCUGCAUUCCACUCUUUCAACGAGACAUAUUUUGCAUAAGGUGGAAUGGGCAUGUGAAGAAUUUGUUCGACUAUCGACAGAGCCAACGCAACUUAUUCGAAAUCUUUAUUUGCAUCCAAACUUCGUUGAAAAGAUUUCUCGGCACGAUAUAAAUCGGGCUGCAAACGAAAUCGCUGACAAAAAUGGCAUCAACAUCAGCUCUAUUCGUAUAGAAAUUUUAGAAAAUAUUUUAGAAAAAUCGAAAGAGGAAAACAGAAAUAAAACUAGUUUUGGACUUGACAAUAAAGACUUGACGACCGCUAAAUAUAUACUGAAAGCUACUUGUCCUAAAAUGGGAGCCAUUUAUCUAUCUCGCAUUGCACUCGAUGACGAAAACGAUUAUAAUAAAAGUAAAAAAUUGAGAGCGCUCCAAUGCCUUAUGAGCAUUAUAGACUCUGACACAGCAUCAAAAGUCACCAACAGGGAGCGGGACUCCCUUUGGAACACCCUUUUAGAAUUGUUAUACAUUGUUAAUCUCGAACAUAUUGACAUGCCUUGGAUCGUUGCCACGUUUAUGAAUGAUAAACUUGGAGCACUUGAUCAAUUACUACAAGCAGUUGGAGGAAACGUGGAAGGUUUAAAAAUAACAGGGGAGCUCGCGUGGAGGUAUGGGAAUAUUAAAAUAAUUCAGAAAGUAAUUCCUUCGAUGUUGCGUGCUGGACUUUACGAUAAAUUAGUUCCUUUGUUAUUAAAGAUGUCAUCUGCAACAGACAAGACUGUAUGCGACGCCUGGCGAACUAUUCUCUUAUCGCCUUUCCAGCAGGCUGACUAUCCUAUUACAGAACGUCAGAGAUCGAAAUGCUUAAACGCAGUUAAUUUAUUACCAGUUUGUCCAGUAAUAAGAGAUGCAGAUCUAAUUGAAAUAUGGAAAAAUUGUAUAAGGUGUAAAUGUUUUGGUAUAGGUUGCCUGUUAUUGCCAUACAUGACCACAGAAUCAAGACAAAUAUUGUCAGAAUUGCAAAAAAUUGAUCGAAGAAAUCUGAUAGCUAGCUUAAAGAAUUUACAAACUGAAACAUACCUUGUACCUGGUGCUAUGCAUGUUUUAGAAACUAUGGCAAGUCGAUCUUAUGGAAAGAGUCAAAAUACAUAAAUUAUAUUUAUUUUUACUGUGUGCCUAUACUUUAGCAAGAUUUCUACUAUAUCUGGUAAAAAUAAUGUAGGUAUGUUUUAAUAAUGUAAGGUGCUAAUAAGAACAAAACGUUUGCUUUUUUGAAUUAGCAGAACAGCCUGCUAUUUCAUAAUCUUUUUUUGUCCUAAGUAUAAGACAACAUACACAUAUAGUAGUGAUUUUAUAUAAAUUUAAAUGUAUGAUUUGCAUGAACAUGUAUGCGUGACAUUCUUAAGAAAAAGUGACCUAGGUGCAUUAUGACUUGCCCUGGUGUAAAAGAAGUUUAGUAAAAAACAACGGUUUGUAACUAUACAUACUUAAGUUCCUUAUAAUCUUUUAAUUGUGAAUGUCAUGCUAGUAUUUUUAUAAUUAUGAAAAAUAUUUAUCAAUUACUUUUAACAAGGAUAGUUCUUUGAAAUCUCAAAAUUGUGUUGGGUAAAUCAUUAAUACUUGUUAAUAUCAUUAACAUAGUUAUGGUUACAUAUGCUUAGUAUGAAAAUAAAUGUACCGUGUAA